UUUAUCAGGUUGGCCAAGCUUGAAAAGGAAGUUUACUAUGCUAUAGUAUAAAUACAUAUCAAUUAUUUUGGUAUAUGUCAGUGCAAAUAAGCAUUAAAUAAUUUAAAAAUAUUAUUGAAUUAAAUAGAUAUAAUCAUUAUAAGUCUUUUAUAAAGAUAACUAAUCAAUAACACAAUCAAAAUGGGUAAACGUCAGCAUCAGAAAGAUAAGAUGUAUUUAACAUAUACAGAAUGGACAACAUUAUAUGGUGGAAAAAAAUCUGGAAGUUCUGAAGCAACUGAAGAUACAACAUUUCGUCGCUUGCCUUAUGAUCAUUGUUGUUUAACUUUACAACCUUUCCAGCACCCUUAUUGUGAUCCACAAGGAAACAUUUUUGAAUUAGAAGCAAUAUUAGAAUAUAUAAAGAAACUUAAGCAUAAUCCAGUUACAGGAAAGCCAUUAGACACAAAAACUUUAAUAAAACUUAAUUUUCAUAAGAAUUCAGAAGGACAGUAUCAUUGCCCAGUUCUUUUCAAAUUAUUCACUAAACACUCUCAUAUUGUUGCUAUCAAAACAACUGGAAAUGUAUUUUCAUAUGAGGCAAUAGAGCAGUUGAAUAUAAAGGCACGUAAUUGGAAAGAUUUAAUAAACGAUCAACCUUUUACGAGGAAGGACAUUAUCAUAGUACAAGAUCCAAACAACGCAAUGAAAUUCAAUUUAUCUACAUUCCACCAUAUUAAAAAUAAUAUAAAACUUGAAGAUGAAGAAAUGAUAAGGGAACGUAAUGAUCCAAAUGCAAAAUUGAAAACUGUAUCUAUGGAAACUAAAGAAAUAUUAGCUGAAUUAGAUAGAGAUUAUAAACAGACUGAGACUAAAAAAGAAAUCUCUAAACCAAAAGCAGACAAAUUUAAUGCGGCACAUUACUCCACUGGUGCGGUUGCAGCUGGCUUUACAUCAACAGUAAUGCCAACAGAAACUACACACCAAGCAGCAGUUAUUGCAGAAGAUUUAGUAAGAUAUGAAAGAGUUCGAAAGAAAGGAUAUGUAAGAUUAGUCAUGAAUUUUGGUGCUUUAAAUUUAGAACUGCAUUGUGAUCUUGUACCAAAAACUUGUGAAAAUUUUAUAAAACACUGUCAGAAUGGUUACUAUGAUGGAACAAAGUUUCAUAGAUCCAUACGAAAUUUUAUGAUACAAGGAGGUGAUCCUACAAAUACUGGUAAUGGAGGAACAUCUAUUUGGGGUAAAACAUUUGAAGAUGAAUUCAAACCAAAUUUAGUUCAUCAAGGAAGAGGAAUUUUAUCAAUGGCAAAUGCUGGAUCAAACACAAAUGGAUCGCAAUUUUUCAUUACGUUCCGAUCGUGUAGACAUUUAGAUCGCAAACAUACAGUUUUUGGAAAAAUAGUAGGUGGAUUAGAAACGUUAAAUGCCAUUGAAAAAAUUGAAGUAGAUAACAAAGACAGACCAAUAGAAGAUAUAAUAAUACAAAAAGCACAAGUGUUUGUUGAUCCUUUUCAAGAAGCAGAUGAACAAUUAGCUGCAGAACGUGCAGCCGAAAUUGAACGAUUGGCUCAAGAAGCUGCAAAAAAUAAAUCAGAUAAUGAAGCAGGAAAGAAUGACGUGUUAAAAGUAUAUCGAUCAGGCGUAGGAAAAUAUAUAAAACCGAACAACGAAGAAGACAAGAUCAAGAAAGAGGAAUCAAGUAUAUCACCUAUAAUUAAAAAGAGAAAAAUCGUAACAAACUCAUUUGGUGAUUUUUCGUCUUGGUAGCUAUAUAAAUUAUGAAGAAACUAUGUAAUAAGUAUAGGUUAUUUGAAAUUCUAUAGUAUAGAUUUCAAUUUUACUUUAUACUCUAUAAAUGUAAAUAAUUUUUAUGACUAUAAGGAAUUAAACCAUAAUCUAUAUAUUUUUAUUGCUCCCAUUAUGAUAUAUAUAUUGCUCCCUUAUAAUAUAUAGAAUGUACUGAAAGGAAUGUGAUUUAAUUAUAAACAUGUAUGUAUAUAAAUAAUGAAGAAAAAAAGUUUCUUUUUUUCAUAGACAUUACAGAUAAUUACUUUGUUACAGUAAAAAUUAUACUUAAAUAUAUUAUUCUAAACGAAUGAAAAGUUCAAUAUAUUAUACCAGAGAUGAUACAUCUGCUUAUAUACACAUAUAAAGGUUAGACAAUGAAUGCUGGAAGUUAUGAAGUGAGAGAACCGGGUUCUCCAUAUUUGAUGUUUGCAUUGCCCAACUGAGGGACGUAAAUUGAUCAUUCAAUUUUGACACUUUUUACCGUCAUUUUAAUUGAAAAUUAUCACGGGUUGAGUGUAAUUUGUGCAACAAUAUCUACAGGGUUAAUAUAUAUUAAACAUGGAUGAUCUAGCAUUGCUCGGAGAGGAUGGAAGUCGUGAGUGCGGGCGAGCGCCUGAAAUAUACUUGUACAUUUGAACUUCUUGUUUUCCUCCCGUCGAAUUCACUCUAUUCACAGAGUAUUGAUACCACGAUUCUUGCUCUGUUGUAUUUCAACAAGCGGUGACAAUUCAUUCUACAAUCAUAGACAAUAAAAAACGUAUUCAUUCAGCUUCUCGCAUAAAAUCUCAAUAAUACGUUGUGUGUGCAUUAUUCUCCUAUUUGUGGAUUCGUAUGUAUAAAAUUCACAGACGGCAUUCAACAAGUGGUCGUGUGGUGUGUGCAUCAUCCCCACCACUAAUCGAUCGUCUACACAGCUCGGUCGUUCGCGAUAGACAGUGAAGAGAAGCAUUACCGCAGUAAAAGUGCUACAUAAUAGCAUACAUGCUUGUACGCGAUGAAUUCGUGAUUUCGUAUGAACUAACAUAAAAUAAGUAAACGGAUAUAAGUGUGAUUAUAUUUUCAAGUGGUACGUUAAAAAAA